AUGUCAUCGUCAUCACCACACACCACCACCACCACCACCACCACAACCAUGUUCUACCAACAGAAAUUGCAACGUAAAAACCAAAAGUUCUUCCAACGUCCUAUCAAAACCAUCAACGCUCAGAUAGAUGAACUUGAUAUCGAUUAUAGUAAUUUCGAGAAUGAUGAGAUCCCCAACGAUUUCAUUUGUUUCAAUGUACCAAUCAGCCAGUCUUUGGAUGAAUUGAAUUCCGAAUAUACUCUGGAACAUCGCAAUUCCAGCUCUGGCGAUUCGUUAUCUAGUGCCAACUCGAGCCCAAUUCUUAGUGAUGAUAGUUUCAUAUUUCCGAAUUUGCAGAAUAAUUCCAAAGCGUUCAACAUUUUAGACUCGGAGGUCCAAAACUUGACUCUCGAAUUCAACUCCAACGUCAAUUUCUUAAAGAACGAACAGUUAACCCAGCAGAAAAUCAACAAGAAGAAAGUCAGCCAGAUCACUAAGAAGAUCACCAAGAAUGAAAAGUUUUGGAUCUCAUUCCUUAAUGAAUGUUACAAAUCAACCAGCCAUAGUUCGUCUGCCAAUGCUUUGCCCGCUAAUAUCUUGAAUAAAGAAUUCUCCAACCAGUUCAAUAUCAAGGUAUUAAAUUUGAUGAAUAAGCAUGAUAUAUAUAACAACAUCACGUCUCAUAAUAAGUCCCUCAAUAAUUUGGAAUCCAACUCGCUAAUUAAAAGAAGCUUCUCGGUAUCUGCCGUCUGUGGCCUGACCUUACACAACAAUUAUAAUGUCGUCCACAAUUCAAAUCUCACCAGAAAUUCCAUCGAUUCUGGGGACUUUGCCCUAAACGUCUUGGACUCUGAUGCCUACGAAAUGAAUUCAAAAUCUUAUUUCUCGACUUUUGGAUUGAAUGACUUGAGAUAUAAAAAGAAGUAUGCUUUACCAAAUAACAGCUCGGUCGACAAUUUGAAAGCCAACCAUAGCGAUCUUCCGAUAUCGACCUCCUUAUACUCCAUCGUUAAUGCCGCCAGCUCAACCAUCUCUAUCGAAUCCAAUAACUCGACAUUCUCAGUAGGUUUGAACCAUCAUGAUCGCUCACCGAAUCUAAAUGAUAGCUCCAGCCCCAGACAAAAUCAUUCGAGCGAAUCGACCCCAAGAUCUUCAGUGUUGAGCGUUAAUUCUAUUGGCUCAAUAUUCAGGACCAACAGUUUACCAACCACUCCUUCAGGAUCCCCAAAGAUCUGCAACUCUCCGUUAUUACUUGGCAAUAGUUUACCCUCCUGGUGGUCGGUUGGUCUUUCUACAUCUCCUUUACCUACAUUACUUUUAAAGUUUUCGUUAUCAAAUAAGGCGUAUGUCAACGAAACUAUAGAUUCCAUGAACAUUAGAUCAAUCAUGUGGUAUUUAUCUUCGAACCAUAUCGUGUACAUGAACCCAGAAACUUUCAAUUAUUUGAAUAAUGAGGUGAAUGAGUUUGUGAGGCACUUUGAUUAUUACAUUAAAUUGGUGAAACAAAUCGAGAAUAAUAAUGAAUUUUCUGCCAGAAAUGGUAGUGCCGGUGAUCACACAAAACUCUUAGGGUUGGUGAAGAAUUUGAAACAAUUCUUGUCCAAUUUUGAAGAUAAAUCGAAAUUUCAAUACCAAUUAUCGAUUUUCAAGUCGGUGGGCAAAACGAUUAAUGGGUUGAAAUUUCCUCCAAAUAAUUCACCAGCAGAGAAUGUGGCUAUCAAGAAUAAUUUGAAAUUAAUCUUGUUGAACUUUUACUUUUAUUUGUACGAUAUUGGGGUUACUAAUGUUGGGUAUAACAAAGAAAUCGUGUCUUUCACCUAUGUUUUACUACUUAACAUUAGAAAUAACUAUUUCACGUUCAAUUGCUUGCUUAAUUUAUUCAACAAAGAUUUGAAGCUCCCAUUUUUGAAAUAUUUACUAGUGGAAGAGAAUACCACUACUAUUAAACCCGAGAAUGAUGAUUCCAUGUUUACUAAUGAUGGAUCCAACUUGGACGCAUUGAACGAUGAGCAAGAAAUAAUUUCCAUGAACUCGCUCAAAAUUUUCAUCAAAUUGCUCAAAAACUCCCUUCCGGAUCUUUAUCGUUUCUUCAAAUUCACGUUGAAUUUCAACACGUUUGAAAAAUUCUACGGAUUGAUCAAGUUAUUGGUGAGAAAGAUUUUCAACGUCGAAAAUGUCACUAUCGACAACCAUUAUAGAAACUAUUUGGAAAGAUUUUUGGAUAUCUUGCUUAUGGACAAAAACAACAAUUUGAUUGUGUAUUUGGUGAUUGCGUUUUUGAAAAACUGUCAAAUGGAAUUCCUUAUUGGUUUGAAUUCCAAAAUCCAGAAAAAUAUCAUCAUGUUGAAUCAUUCUCAUAAGAACAAUAUUAAUAAUAAUAAUAAUAAUAAUCAAAUUGAGAACCACCAUAAAAUUCAAAAAUCCAUCGAUAUUACCGUGAAAUCGUUCAUCUCGGAAAUGCACAGCGCUAGUUUUGGAACUCAGAAUUUAUUGUUCAAGUCCCCUAAUGUGGCGACAUUUAUAAACGAAUUGAAGUCAGAGUUGUUUGGUGAUUUACAACAAGAAUUGACGGUUGAUGACAUAAUUGAAUUUCAACAACUUGGGAUCGAGUGUUAG